UCAAACUUUGUCAAGUGAUCUGCCUCGAGGCGUUUACACGGAUUUGUACAUCCGUACCUGUCGUUCACAAUCCUUGGAAGCCGAAAUUUUUCAGUCGUUAAAAGAAUGGCUGGCCUGCCUGCUGUGUUUGAGCGGACGCACGUCUCGUAUUCCCCCGGAUUCCUGAUCGUCGAGGUCUGCCACGCCUUGAAUUGCACGGUGCACGCCACGCCGUCGCAAGUUAGAUUUACGAGAAUCAGACGCCCCUUCACCUCGUGUACGCAUACCUUCAAUACUAUAUCAUGAGGCCUGCACGUCCACUUCCCUUGAAUUGCCAACAUCAAUCCACCCGCCAGCAUCGCCAGCCUCGUCAGCAUCACUCUACUCGGGAACGCCAACCUGAAACGUCCCGUCGCAAGCGAUUUCCUACAAUCUCUAUCUCACGAAUAUUCACGGGGAAAGCCAUGCCAUCUAAAUUUAACAUCUUUAGGGCUUGCAUUUACGGCGCAGUCCUUAUUUGGACAGUGAUCUGCCUGGCUAUUGCAGCUCACUUCCAGAGUCUACUUGUCAUCACAGAUCUCACUCGUUUCGUUCCUUUCACCAUUUUUGUAUGUAGUGCCAGCAUGCUCAUUCUCAUCAUUUUACUUGGAUGCAGCAUGGUUCGCACCAGCAACCCGAUCUCCACGAGAAUAGAGCUCGGAUGCCUCGGACUGCUUGGGACUUUCUGGCUUGCUUUGGGUGCCUUCCUAGCAAGCUCUGACUCGGAGAACGCCAAUGUAGAAUGCUAUUCAUCCGAUGCAGAAACUAACCCCAUCGAUGUUCCUGGAUUCUCCACAGAGACAUACCAGGCUCAGUAUCGGGUCCUAGAGGCAUUCUCACUUUUCAAUCUUAUUCUCAUAUUGGCGUUCUUGUUUUUCCUGCUGGCGCUUGCGGUAAAGCAUCAUUUCCGCGUCAACCGCAAUGUGUGGUACAUUGCUGUCACCGAAUACCCGUGGUUCGGAAAGUCUAUGCCCAAGUUACCAGCACCCGUCAGCAGUCGGUCACGAUCAAGAGGCAGGGCCUAUGAUGAGAAAACCUCAGCACCCUGGGGGUCUGAGACCAGACGCGAGGACUCGCGCUACCCCGGAUGGUCGGGUCAAACCCCAGUACGCGCGCACACAACGGACAAGUAUAAGAGAAAUGCGUCACCCAGGCGAUGACCGCUGUAUAUGUUUCACAAAUUGGGUUUUAUUGGCAUAGAAUGUCAUGCUCGGGAAAUCUAAUAAAUACAGUUUGUACUACAUAUCUGCUAGGCUUUCAAAUAUCAUAAUCUUGUCGCCUGACAUGCGCCCGGGCCGAGCAUCCCCCUCAAAGUGCACAAGU